AAUAGGCUCUUUUGUAUAGGGGUUUUCAUAAUAUUGUUGUAGAGAAGAGAUAGUAAGGAAAAGGAUCAGCUUAAUGGAGGAGACCAAGGAUGAACAAGUUGAUCAUGGAGGAAGAGUUUUCGAGAUUGAAAAGGGUGAAGAUGAACUGCCCACUACUGAAAAAGUUCCUUCGAGCUCAUCUUCCCCUACUGGAAAAGAAUCGGAUGAUCGUAAUCAUAUCAUGUUUUUAAAGGAGGACCGGCUCCAUGCUACAAAAGCAGAAAUGGAGGAAGUAAGAGAAGAGAAUGAAAGGCUAAAGACAAUUUUAGGGCAAAUAAUCAAAGGUUACCAAUCCCUCGAAACAAAGUUCUUCGAUAUUGUUCAGCAAGAACAAGCUAAGAAAAGCAUAGAAAUCCCUUCUGCAAAUCACAAUUAUGGUGUCGAAGAAUCCGAACUCGUUUCGCUCAGCCUCGGGAUGUCUGCGAGAGAACGCAAGAAAGAAACAAAGACGAAUUUGUCUUCGGAAGAAAAAGCGGAUGAUAAAAUUGAUGAACAAGGACUAGCUCUUGGUUUGGGAUGUGGAUUUGAUGGUUCUAAUUAUACCGAGCCGAGCGACUGUCGGACAAAUUUGAGCUCGGAAAAUAGCUUGGAGGAGUCGAAAGAAGAUGCCAAAGAGACAUGGCCUCCGGGCAAGAUAACGAAGAGCUUGAAUUCGAAAGGUGGAGAUGGCGAAGUCUCACCGCAACCCCCUGCUAAGAGAGCUAGGGUUUCUGUUCGAGCAAGAUGCGAUGCCCCCACGAUGAAUGAUGGAUGUCAAUGGAGGAAAUACGGACAGAAAACCGCGAAAGGAAAUCCGUGUCCGCGCGCAUACUAUCGUUGCACCGUUUCCCCAGCAUGUCCAGUGAGGAAGCAGGUGCAAAGAUGUGCUGAAGACAUGUCCAUCUUGAUCACCACCUAUGAAGGUACCCACAACCACCCCCUCCCAGUGUCGGCCACCGCAAUGGCGUCGACAACCUCCGCUGCAGCUUCCAUGCUGAUCUCAGGCUCUUCGACCUCCGACAUUUCCUCUACCGUCGCGGCUAACGCCACCAUGAACCUCCACGAUCUAAACUUCGGCCUACCGAUGAAUUUGAGCACAUCAAGAUCGCUAUACUACCAACAAAACCCAUCAAUCCUAUCCACUCCUUCUCACCCCACCAUCACAUUAGAUCUCACUGCACCAUCAUUUAAUACUUCCCAAAUUAAGCCCCCCUCUAUAUGUAGAGAAGAGAUAGUAAGGAAAAGGAUCAGCUUAAUGGAGGAGACGAAGGAUGAACAAGUUGAUCAUGGAGGAAGAGUUUUCGAGAUUGAAAAGGGUGAAGAUGAACUGCCCACUACUGAAAAAGUUCCUUCGAGCUCAUCUUCCCCUACAGGAAAAGAAUCGGAUGAUCGUAAUCAUAUCAUGUUUUUAAAGGAGGACCGGCUCCAUGCUACAAAAGCAGAAAUGGGGGAAGUAAGAGAAGAGAAUGAAAGGCUAAAGACAAUUUUAGGGCAAAUAAUCAAAGGUUACCAAUCCCUCGAAACAAAGUUCUUCGAUAUUGUUCAGCAAGAACAAGCUAAGAAAAGCAUAGAAAUCCCUUCUGCAAAUCACAAUCAUGGUGUCGAAGAAUCCGAACUCGUUUCGCUCAGCCUCGGGAUGUCUGCGAGAGAACGCAAGAAAGAAACAAAGACGAAUUUGUCUUCGGAAGAAAAAGCGGAUGAUAAAAUUGAUGAACAAGGACUAGCUCUUGGUUUGGGAUGUGGAUUUGAUGGUUCUAAUUAUACCGAGCCGAGCGACUGUCGGACAAAUUUGAGCUCGGAAAAUAGCUUGGAGGAGUCGAAAGAAGAUGCCAAAGAGACAUGGCCUCCGGGCAAGAUAACGAAGAGCUUGAAUUCGAAAGGUGGAGAUGGCGAAGUCUCACCGCAACCCCCUGCUAAGAGAGCUAGGGUUUCUGUUCGAGCAAGAUGCGAUGCCCCCACGAUGAAUGAUGGAUGUCAAUGGAGGAAAUACGGACAGAAAACCGCGAAAGGAAAUCCGUGUCCGCGCGCAUACUAUCGUUGCACCGUUUCCCCGGCAUGUCCAGUGAGGAAGCAGGUGCAAAGAUGUGCUGAAGACAUGUCCAUCUUGGUCACCACCUAUGAAGGUACCCACAACCACCCCCUCCCAGUGUCGGCCACCGCAAUGGCGUCGACAACCUCCGCUGCAGCUUCCAUGCUGAUCUCAGGCUCUUCGACCUCCGACAUUUCCUCUACCGUCGCGACUAACGCCGCCAUGAACCUCCACGAUCUAAACUUCGGCCUACCGAUGAAUUCGAGCACAUCAAGAUCGCUAUACUACCAACAAAACCCAUCAAUCCUAUCCACUCCUUCUCACCCCACCAUCACAUUAGAUCUCACUGCACCAUCAUUUAAUACUUCCCAAAUUAAGCCCCCCUCUAUAUUCUCCUCCUCAAGCUUCGGCCUCUCUUCAUACAACAAAAACCCUAAUCCUUUUAACCAAUCUUAUUUACCCAAGUCCAACACUACUGCUUCUUCCUCUUCUUGGUCGUCGUCGUCAUCAAAUAUGCUCACGGAUACAUUGGCAAAGGCAAUCACUUCAGACCCGAGCUUCCAAUCGGCAUUGGUCGCUGCGAUUUCUUCGCACGUCGGGGCUCAGGGCGGAAGUGCUUUUCUGGGAAGCCAAACUGGAGGACAACAUGGCUUGAUGAAAAGGGGAGAACAGUUGGCUUCAGCUUCUACGUCAGCGCGACCGACCUCUUCUUCGCAUCCAAAUCUCCAUCAUCAUCAGAGUGGAUUAAAUCUGAUGUUUCUGCAACCAAAUUCUAUGGCUUUCUUAAGCUCUCACAGCAGUUCUACGGCUUCUGCUUCUGCGAUGGAUAAUGCGAAAUACAAAAUUAGUUGAGUUGCGAUGCGCGUUAAAGAAGAGUAAUGUUUUCCGAGUAACCAAUUUGUAGACAUUUUGGGAGAUGCAUGAUAUUCCUGGGACUGUUGAUCAUCGACGUCGCAUGGUGUAAGAAAAAUCGUAAUUUCAUUAAGUUUUUAAUUUUUUAAUAUGUAAGCUUCUGAAAUGAUUUUUUUUUCCUAUUUUUUUGACUGUAAGAAUCUAAUUUGGAUAAAAAGUGACUUGUUAUUUAAGCAAAACA